UCAGAAUAUUCAGAGUACAGGAGACGACAUACACGAAAAGAAUAUCAUUAUUAUUUUACUACUGGCCACCCACCUACAGACUCUCGUACUAUUAUCGCCUAUUGCCAUUCGCCGCCGCCGCCGUCUCUUGACACUUUUUCGUUUACGUCCAUCACCAGCCCGCGAUUAGUUAACAGUUUGCCGCCGCCGACUGCUGUGCGCGCGUUCUGAACUUUUGGUGUAAAUUUAAAUUUUUUACUCGCAAACGAAUAAUAAAAAAAAAAAAAACGGAAACUCGGUGAAAGGAAAUUUUCAAACGUGCUCAGCCCCCCCCCUCCCCCAAAGCUCAUAACCGACCACCUGUCUGUUACGCUACAACUAUAGUACUAUUAUCAUUAUUGCUGAUACCUUCAUACUGCAUAUAGAAAAUAGUACCGAGUAUUUACGACUCUCGUUUUUGUUAUUCAACGACGCUCGUUACAAGUGUGAUACCGACUGAUUUUUGGUCGUUAGUAGGUAUGAUAUUAUAACGAGACGACGACGUCCGAAGCAGAACAAAAUAUCCGCAGGGAAAACACCGUUUGCGGCAGCUCUCUUCUAGCGUAGUGUUGAAUAGUGAUAGAAUAAUCAAAAUGCCAACAUCUGGUCCAGUAUACCAACCAACUACAGUCAGUUAUGAACAACAAAGUGAAUGGUCACAGCCAACAAAUGGCUUAAUCAGUCGUACCCUGAAUCACAUCCGUAACCCAAGGUGGUUCCACUGGUCAUUCAUUUUGAUCAGUUGGAUUCUGAUAGCCAUUGGUGUAUUCUUGUUCCUGUCCAUUACCACAAACUUUGUGAACUCAGACAACACAAAGGACAAUUAUACAGAAGAUAUAGCAUUCUUGGUUAUUGGCUCCUUCUGUUUUGUAUUUGGUGUUGUCCUAUUAAUAGGUUAUUUCCGAUACAUCAAGGACAAAGAGAGUUGCCCUUGUUUCAAUAGCAAAGCGCGACAAAUGGAAUCUCAGUCUUCCAAUGGACAAGUACUCACAUUGAAUCCAUCUACAGACCUCUUGAUGGCAUCUGCACAGUAUGGACCAACAUCAGAAGCUCCACCCACAAUUAUUGAAGAGGAUGAAACUAGAAAAUUAAUGGGAAACGAUAACAAAGAUUGCAAUGACGAAAGGGACCACAUGUUGGUAACAAGUAACCCGCCGGUAGCGGCACUCCGCACACAUGUACCAAGCGGAGUCUCGCCUCUUUCCGGUGAAGAUGCUUGACUUGAGGCGAAUUUCACUGAUUCUUUAUCAGGCAUCAAUGACUAUUAUCACAAUAGAUACGACUAUCCCACAUUUCACAAUCACUUCUAUUCUCCACAAACACCCGUCCACAACAAAGCACAACUACACAGCAACUGGACAGCACCACUUGCAUUACACGAUGACCUGACACCGUCCAUAUCUUCAUCAGUUUAUAGUAUGGAUCAGGUAAAAUAACAAAAAURUAACAGUUUUUCAUUUAUAAUUUAUUUUAAAUCGCCAAACAAAUUAUAACAUUGUAUACA